UUAUGAAUGGCAACAAGUCGAUAUCUCAAGCGUCCACAGUACAAUCCCCAAACGUUGUUAUUCAUUUGUUCGUGAUUCAUGUAUUGUUUACCUGGCAAGAAAAGAUUAACGCCGCUGACUAAUUGAACUGAUCCCGAUACCCUUGAAAUUCGAAAAUAUGCUGUGUACAUCCCGUUUCGACGAAUAAAGAAUAUGAUAUCACGUACUUCCUCUGUUUUCUGAUAACCUCGCCAACUGCGACUCUUCUCGUAACCGUCAGUGUUCGUUAGUUUGUCAAGGCGUUAACAUGUUACUGUUAAUUUUUGUGGCUCUUUUCUGUUUCUCAUCCAUUGCGGAUGGAGUUCCAAUUCUCGAUUGCGGUUCCAAGUUAGGAAGUUACAGCCGAGUUCAAAUAGCAGGUUGCGACACUUCAGACCAACCCUGUGUUUUGCAUAAAGGAAAGAAUGCAUCGAUAGAAAUUGACUUUACAACAUACGAAGAUGCUACCGACUUGAAAGCAGUAGUACAUGGCACUGUUAUGAUUGUGCCCAUACCUUUUGAUCUGCCAAAUGCUGACGCAUGCCAAUACUCUAAGUCUGGGAUAACUUGUCCCAUGAGGAAGGGCCAAAGCUACAAAUACAAGGCAGAGCUACCAGUAUCCACACGUUACCCUUCGGUAUCCGUUAAAGUCAAGUGGGAACUUCAAGAUCAAGAUGGAAAUGACAUUGUCUGUAUCAAACUUCCGGCUGUAAUACGAUAAAAAUACGAAUUUAUAACUAUGUUGUGAUUAUGUAUUCGUAACAGAUUUAAUAAAUAAUAUUUUUUACUGUG